CCCCCCUGCACUUCUUCGCGACCCUUCGGUCUCGCUCUCUCUCAUGGCCAAAGAGACCAUAGAGACCAUCGUGCCAACUCCGCCGGCCUCGGAGCUCAAUGUCUAUGUGUCCAGCCCCAGCGGCCCGCGGCCAAUCAAGGAGACCGCGUUCCGCGAGUGGGUGGUCACCAACCAAAUCGGUAUGCAUUGAACACGCUCCCCCUCAAGAUCCCCCGUCGCGACAGAUGGCGACCCUCGAGACGACAAGGGAAGACUCUCUGCUUGACAGGCAGCACUUGUCAUCGCAGAGAGGUCGAUUCUUUUGAUUUCCCUCUUUCUUUGUUGAUCUAUUUCCACUUUCUGCCCGUGUUGAGGUAGCCGCCUCGGCACCGUAUCACCAAAGUUCUCGAUCCAGCUUACUCUUGCCAUCCUUGGCAUUGCGUCCGUAUAGGUACCUCCUUGACCAUUUUGGCUAUGUUGCUGGCUCUUUAUAACCUCUACCCAUCUCUACGCCCCUAUAACCAGCCUUUCUUCGAACUCUCCUAUUACGACCCCGCCUCCAACACAUAUAUCCAGGGUUGGCAUGAUUUGUACUUUGUCGUUAGCGCGGCCCUAGCGCUCACCGCAAUUCGCGCCAUUGUCAUUGAAUGGGUUAUUCAGCCGAUUGGCCGCUCAUUGGGAUUGAAGCGUAAGGCGGCGCUUCGCUUGGCCGAGCAGGGUUGGCAGGUUCUGUACUAUGGCUUCAUUUGGGCCAUUGGUCUGUACCUGUGGAAGAACUCCUACUACUGGUUCGAUUUCGGCGCCAUUUGGAAUGAGUGGCCGGCGCGCCCGCUCGGCGGUCUCAUGAAGUGGUAUAUUCUGGUGGAAUUGGCGUUCUUGCUGCAGCAGAUCUUUGUCAUUCAUGUGGAGGAGAAGCGCAAGGAUCACUAUCAGAUGUUGUCGCACCACGUUGUUACCAGCAUGCUGCUCGGCUCGGCCUAUAUCUACGGCUUCCACAAUGUAUCCAAUGUGGUACUGUGCCUGAUGGACAUUGUCGACGUUCUACUUCCCUCAGCCAAGAUUCUCAAGUACCUCAAGUUCCAGAACGCCUGCAACGUCGCCUUCGGUAUCUUCAUGGCCACCUGGGUCGUCACCCGCCACAUCCUGUAUAACAUUGUGUGGUGGUCGACUUACAAGGCCAUCCCGCAAACAAUGGCCUACGGCUGCUACUCGGGCAGUACCGCAAAGAUGAUCAGCACGAACGGUUACCCGAAUGCCAUUGCGUACAUGUUCGGACCCUUCCUGGGCGUGGAGAACCCAAUUUGCAUGAACCCCACGAUCAAGUGGAUAUUCCUCGGCUUCCUGCUGUCCAUUCAGCUUCUCUCCGUCGUUUGGUUCACCAUGAUCGUCCGCGUCGCAUACCGCGUCGUCUGCAGCGGAGCUGCCGAGGAUACCCGCAGCGACGAGGAAGAUGAGAUCGAGACCGACGACACCCCCGCUACUAAUGGCACCGUGCGGCUGGCCGCCAAGGAGGGCGUUACUACUGCCCCCAUCGCCGUUAAUGAAAACGCUCCUGGCCUGGACCGCCGGCGGUCAAACGGUUCCGCCUCUGUGUGUGCCCGAGGCCGUGGCCGAGUACCCUUUGCACAAAGUGACCGCAAGGCCUUUUUGGGACGGAUUGGAUGUGACAAGCCUACCUAAGAUAGCCUGGAGCAGAAUUUCCAGGGGUUUUCUUGGUUGUUGUUUUAUUUUCUUUCUCCGUCCUGGCGCAUUAUAACGAAUUAUGACGAAUCCCGUAUUUACUGGCAUGCCGUGAUGUCUGUCUAUUUUUUCCCCUUGUUCAACUUGGUACCCAUUACCGCCCUCAUACUAUCCACUAUCCCAUCUGCCAUUCCGCAGUACGCAAUACGAAUAUGCAUAUGCAUAAAAUACUCAUACCCCAGCUAGAACCGGGAACAGUACUGCUGAUGGGAAUGAAGUGUCUCGAAAUAACGAUUUGCGCUUUUCACCUCUGCCCGAGUACCAUCAUUCUUCUCCUGCUCCGAGCCCUCCGAGUCUCCCAGCCAGGUCCACUUAUAUCCCUGCACUUGUGCUUUUUAUUCUAUUCUUUUCGUAAUUGGGGUGGAGGGUCUUUUCAAUUUGUUGGGCGGCAGGGUCUUCUUCUGCUCGCUUUUUUCGUGUUUCUAUUGACCGGGGUUUGGAGGUCUGGGGCUUGGUUUUUGUGGCUGUCUCUUUUUUUAAAG